AUGCUCAACCUCCAAAAUCCACGACUCUUCCACACACAUAGCCAUAGCGGUACAGACCGAACAUCACGAUCUACGUUUGGUGCAUUCGCAGGUCCAGCAGUUGUUGGGAGGGAUGAACAAGAGUCAGGCUCAGCUUGGCUUGAUGAAAGUGCAGAGUACUCGACGUGGAACUAUUAUGCGUGGAGUUUCGAUAGUGAAACGCGUGUAAGGUCGGAGGAUAGUACGGGUGAACGGAUCCAACCAGACAUCGAGCUUCACCCGACGCAACAUAGGCCGGAAGGGAUACCUAAACUCAAAUAG